CGGCGUUGGUCUCGCUUAGAGCUGCCAGGCGGGGUGUGCGGGGAGGUGUAGCACCGCAUCGGCCAUCGCCGGGGCUCCGCCGCUCCUUCCCUCAUGAGCAGCCAGGCGGCGGAGGGCGCGGGGAGCCAGCGGCCCCCAGAUGAUGGCGUGCCCGAAGCUGCAGGUGAGGAGCGGAGGCGGCUUACCAAAGAGCAGCUCUUCACCAUGGUUGCGACAGCUUCCAUAAACUUCAGUUCAAUGAUAUGUUAUUCAAUCCUGGGACCCUUUUUCCCUACGGAGGCAGAAAAAAAAGGUGCCAGUAACACCGUUGUUGGUAUGAUUUUUGGAUGUUUCGCCCUGUGCAAUUUCUUGACUUCUUUAAUCUUGGGAAAUUAUCUUACGCAAAUUGGAGCAAAAUUCAUGUUCGUGUCAGGGAUGUUUGUUUCAGGCUGUGUGACCAUUCUCUUUGGAAUGUUGGACAAGGUGCCGAGCGGACCCAUUUUCAUUAGUCUGUGCUUUUUAGUAAGAGCAAUGGAUGCAGUUGGUUUUGCAGCCGCGAUGACAGCAUCAUUUUCAAUCCUUGCAAAGGCCUUUCCCAGUAAUAUCGCUACUGUCCUGGGCAGUCUUGAAAUUUUUACAGGACUGGGACUGGUGCUGGGCCCGCCUUUAGGUGGCUUUUUGUAUCAGUCCUUUGGUUACGAGGUCCCUUUCAUUACCCUGGGAUGCGUGGUGUUGGUCUUGGUGCCUGUGAAUAUGUGCAUAUUACCAGAAUAUGCAGAUUCGAUCCCUAGCAAGGACUCCUUCUGGAAGCUCAUUCUCUUACCAAAAAUCUUAGUGCUGUGUCUUACAAUAUUUUCUCUAAGUGCAUGUUUGGGCUUUUUGGAUCCCACAAUGUCUCUAUUUAUCCUAGAGAAGUUCAAAAUCCCAACUGGCUACGUGGGCUUGGUGUUCCUCGGGUUGGCACUCUCGUACUCCCUGUCUUCUCCUCUCCUUGGGCUCGUCAGCGACAAACUGCCGAACCUCAGGAAGUGGCUGCUGGUGUCUGGAGGCUUAAUAACAGCACUGUGCUUUUUCAUGUUGGGACCUGCUCCUGUGCUGCACAUCAAAAGUCAGCUGUGGAUGUUUGUGCUGGUGCUGGUUUUCAUUGGCUUUUCCCUCGGCAUGAGCGCUAUCCCCUUGUUUCCAGAGAUGCUGCACUGUGCAUAUGAGAAUGGGUUUGAAGAAGGUCUGAGUCUGCUGGGACUAGUGUCUGGGCUCUUCAAUGCCAUGUGGUCCCUUGGGGCAUUUGCAGGUCCCACCAUAGGAGGAUUUCUGACUGAAAAGCUGGGUUUCGAAUGGGCCUCAGCCAUCCAAGGAGGAUGGGCACUCUUAAGUCAAUAUGAUGCCAGUUAG